AAUAAAAACACGUAAAAUAGAAGUUGUGAUUACGCUCAUCGUCAAAAGUCGGUUUAAAUUACAGAACAAAAAAUGUAAACUGCACUUUUUAGACUCUAGAAAUGAUAAGGCAAUCCCUUAAAUAUAGAAAGACGAUCACUGUAAUCGGGUUUCUGUCUUUACUUGUAUUGGUACUUUUAAUAUUAAGAAAAGACAAUACAGAUAAAAUUACGGGUUACCAAAGACUAGGAAAAAACGAAGAACGUAUAUUUGAACCAGAACCAAAGAAAGAACAUGUAAAAAUUACGAAAAUGCAGUCUGAUAUAAAUAAUGAUGUUAAUACUGAUAGUACAAAGCGAGAGCUGCUAGAAGCCAAAGCUCGCAUCGAACAUUUGGAAAAGAAAAUUGCUAUUUUAGAAGGGAGGAUUCCUGAGAAAUACCCCGAGGUGAAAUACUUAGGGUACAAGGAAAGAAAGAGAAUAUUGGUGACAGGUGGAGCUGGCUUUGUAGGCUCCCAUCUUGUGGAUGUUCUGAUGACACAAGGCCAUGAAGUGAUUGUUGUAGAUAAUUUUUUUACGGGUCGGAAGAGAAAUGUCGAACAUUGGUUUGGACAUCGCAACUUCGAAAUGAUUCAUCAUGAUAUUGUUAAUCCUCUAUAUGUAGAGGCAGAUGAAAUAUACCACUUGGCUAGUCCUGCUAGUCCACCACACUACAUGCAAAAUCCUGUUAAAACAAUCAAGACUAACACAUUAGGAACAAUCAAUAUGUUAGGUUUAGCAAGACGGGUUGGUGCUAAAAUAUUAAUAGCAAGCACUUCAGAAGUUUAUGGUGAUCCAAUGGUGCAUCCUCAGCCUGAGUCAUAUUGGGGGCAUGUUAAUCCCAUAGGACCGCGAGCAUGCUACGAUGAAGGAAAGAGAGUGGCUGAAACUUUAGCUUAUUCAUAUGCCAAACAAGAGAAUGUAUCAGUGAGAGUGGCAAGAAUCUUCAAUACGUACGGACCAAGGAUGCAUGUGUCCGAUGGCAGAGUGGUCUCAAACUUUGUUAUGCAGGCUUUGCAAAACUUAACCAUCACUGUGUAUGGUAACGGGAAGCAGACCCGCUCGUUCUGCUACGUAUCAGAUCUGGUAGAUGGACUAUUGUCCCUGAUGGAGUCUAGUUAUACUUUGCCAGUAAACAUAGGAAAUCCAGUAGAACAUACAAUAGAAGAAUUCGCGAUGAUAAUAAAGAAUCUAGUCCCCGGUUGCCGUAGCACAGUGGCAACGGGCGCGGCCGUGGAGGACGACCCGCAACGGCGGCGGCCUGACAUCGCCGUCGCUGAGGCGCGGCUCAACUGGGCGCCCAAGGUGUCCCUAAAAGAUGGGCUUCAGAGAACAAUUGACUAUUUUAGGGAAGAAUUGUCCAGGACUACAUUCUACAACAAUCAAACAUACAUGGAUAUAAAUGUCAAACCACACAAAUAAAGUUUGAUAAAUAAUCCUAUAAUAAAUGUGAUACUAGACUGGUGGCACCAAGAGGUGUGUUUUCUCUUAUCUUAAAAUUAUAAUUUUUGUUUGCACAGUGACAUUUUUAAAUAUACUUUUUAUUGAAUCAAUCUCUUGAGUAGUCAACCAUCGAUCCUCAAGUGAAAAAUCUAGACAUUUAUAUAUUGUUUUCAAUUGUUUAAAAAUUAAAAUAACAUUUUCCACAA